GUGAUAAUCAUUAGGCAGAGGUGGAGCUUUAUGUGAUAGUUGCAGUGUCUUGAUCUGGCAUGUCAUGCCUUUUUAUCUUCCUCCAAAAGCAGCUCAUUUUCAUAACGCCUUCAGACCUGUUGAAAAGUCACUCCACACUGGUUAUUGCCAAGAUGGAAAAGCCCAAGUUCUCUCUUUCUGCCCUGACAAGCACUCGCGGUGCCUUGCACAUAGCGCAGAUCGUGAUGUGCGCGGUGACGUUUGCAGUGAGCUAUGUCUGGGGUAAACCGCUUCACACCUACUGGAUCUACUGCAUGGUGGUGUGGGGUUUGUGUCCCAUCAUCUCGCUGAUAAUCACCAUAGUGGAGAUGUUCCUCAUCCACAAGCUGAUCCUGGUGUUCUGCAUGGACUGGGACGACUUCACGACCGGCAUGGCCAUGAUGGCGUCGCUCUGCACGUGCUCCUGCACGGCGAUGUUCGCCAACUUUUACAUCUGCCGGAAGUGCAUUUGGGGCUGGAUGGUCACGAUCCUCUCGGUGGUGUGUUGUGCGCUUUACUGCGUGGAGACGUUCAGGGACAAGUGCGAUGCGACACGCUCUGCAACAUACGUGGCUGCACUUCCAGGCUUCAUUAAGAUUCUCGAGGCCUUCGUUGGCUGCAUCAUCCUCAUAUCCCUGAUCGGUUACGUGGGUAAACCGGCUCUGCUGUGGUGCAUCGUGGCCUACGCGGUUCCUCUGCCUCUAACCCUCCUGACAAUCAUCACCAACAUCUUGACCAAGUUAAAGAACUGUCUGCCCUUCAGCAUUGAUCGUUUCACAAUGAUUUUCCUGGUCAUAUCGGUUCUGCUUUACAUCUCUGCUGCUAUUCUCUGGCCCACCUACAGCUUCAAAGAAAACCCGCGGCCCAAAGACUGUCCGGGAAACAGCUGUAUAUGGAGCAUCCAGUUUGUUGUGACCAUCAUGACCUAUAUUAAUCUCGGCCUGUAUGUUGCUGACCUGGUCUUGACCUGCUUGGGUAUCUGUGGAUUCAAACGCUCUCAAUAGUAUCAGUAUACUUGAAAAAUAAAGGUUGCAAAAGAGUGUUUGUUGAUGCCAUUAAAGAACCAUUUUUGAUUCCCCAAAAAACUUAAAGUGAACAGUUCUUAAAAUAACCAUUU